UUCAAGCAAGCAACAUUCCAAAUUCUCAGUAUUAGCGUUCGGACAAAAAAAAAGUGAUUCUACAGAUCGUGAUAUUUAAGUGAUAAAAUCGAGGAAAAGCCGAAACAUGCUUGUGAUUGGGGCUCUGGUCAAUCUGCUGCUCAUCUCGGCCUGCGUCUACGCGAUGUACUCGCUGACCCCGGCGGACCAUCCGUACGGCUAUUUGGCGGCAUCAUUUAGCCUGGUCCACGGCCUGCUGGGCCUGGUGCGCUCCUACUCGGAGGAGCCCGACGAGUGCGGACGCACCUUCAUGAUCUCGGCCAGCAUUCUGGAGGUCAUCCCGCUGCCACUGGCCAACAUCGAGUUCUACAUGGUAUCCGAUCAAUCGGGAGUGGCGCUGGUGCACGGCCUCUCGUUGAUUCCGCUCUUCUACGACAUGAUCGGCAAGAUGGGCGACGACUGGGACAGCUCCACGGAGACGUUGAAGGAUCUGGCGCUGCUGGGCAACAUUGGGUCCACCCUGUACCUGGCCCUCAAGGAUGGGAAUCAUCUCUACGGCGGUGUGGCUGCCACCGCAUUCGUGGCCCGAUAUGGGGCAGCUCUGGUCGAUCGCUUCAUCGAGGGCUCUGGCGCCCACGUGGCCACACUGGGCAACGCCGGAAUCCUGGCCCUUAUGACCUACGCACUCACCGAGGGUUGAUUGCUUAGACUUCAAAUUAACUAUUCGCGGAAUAAAAGGAAAAAUUCAACUAAA